AUGGCCGCUCUCAAAGUGCUGCUCCUACUGUGCUUGGCCACCUUGGUGGCGACGACAUGCUUCGCGCAGGUGGCGCAGGAGGCAGAGAUAAAUCCGCAUCCGCUGCUGUUUGUGUCCAAGACGACAUCGAGCGACGACAUCGUCCUUGGCUCCUCUGUGGAGGUGGUGAUCACGGUGACAAACUACGGCCAGAGUCCCGCCUUUGACUUGAAGAUAUCUGACCUGCUGGAGGACGGCUCGCUGCAGAGCAAGUCUAUCGCCUUCCUAUCCUACGGCGAUUCGGAGACGCUGCGCUACAUGGUGACCCCUACCGCACUGGGCAACUACGCCGUCUCCGUUGCCGAGGUGACGUACAAUGUUGAGCAGGGCAAUACUGCGACGUCCCGCAAGGCUCUCAGCAACCUGAUCCGCGAAGGCGAGGCGUACUACUACGGCGAGGGCGUCGAUGACGAGAGCUUUCGCGGCGUCAUCUCCGUCCUCACCCGCGACCGCUAUGAACGCCUGCACGCGCGCUACAUCAAGGAGUCGACGGCGUACAUCUUCCUAGGCGCCAUCCCGGCGCUGUUUCCCUACGUGCUGUACCGCGUGAAACAGAGCGAAGUGGACGUGCUGCUCCGCCAGCGCAAGGCUGGCAAGUAG